UUGAAUAGUUAUUGAUAAAAUAAAUCAAAAAUGAAUUACGGCAUUGAUUGGGAUGCAGAACAACGUCAAACGCUCUUGGAUACUCGAGCAACAUUACAGCGAACUAGUGAAUCAGUUUUACGAUCACAAACAGUAGCAGUAGAAACUGAACAGAUUGGUCAGGAGGUGAUAACAGAAUUAGGAGUGCAACGAGAAUCCCUCUUGCGAACCAAAAGACGACUGUCAGAAACGGAUCAGGAAUUAGCAAUAUCUAGAAAAAUGAUGCGGUUGAUUACACGGGGAGUUUUAACUAAUAAAAUAGUAUUAAUUUUGAUAAUUAUUAUGGAAAUCUGUAUACUGAGCCUUACCAUUUAUCUAAGAUUUAUUCAUAAGAAGUAAAUUCAAUUAUGAAUUAAUUCCAUAAGCUAUAAA